CGAUACGACAGCGAAUGUAAUAUCUAUCGACGAUACGAUCCUACCAGUCGGGACUCUCAAGCAUGACUGAGACCUCAGCUGUUCGAGUAGAGUGACAGGUGACAGAGACGUAAGGUAGGAUCAAGCAUGUUGACUCACUACAACACAAGAAAAUCAAAUCUGUCAUAUUUCUUCAUACUUCUCUUAACAGUCAUAACAAAUGCUACGACUACUCAGGACGUACAAUAUUGUUCCAAAGAGAAUCCCACAGGGGAUAAACUUUGCUCCGGUCAUUCCGAGUUUACAAACAAGAGAUUUAUACUGUACGACGUAAAUCCACCGGAGGGCUUUAACCUCCGGCGGGAUGUCUACAUGAGGGUUGCGAUUUUUGUCAAGAAUUUAUCAGUGAAAGAUAAACGCUAUGAUUGGCACCUGGUCCUGCCUCCUUGGGGGAACUUGUACCAUUGGAGAAGUACAGAUGUUGGUUCACAGUCACGGAUACCAUGGAGCAGAUUUUUUGAUGUCUCGAGUUUACAAAAAUAUGUACCUGCAGUAGAACUGCAUGACUUCCUCCAAGAAUAUCCUGGGGUAGCCAGGAUAGACCGUGUCUACAUAUUACAGAAUGAUGAGGACAUGUUUAGGACCGGCAAAUUUGAGGAUAAGAAUCAGCUGAUUGAUUGCAAUUUAAAUCAGACACCAUAUUUUCCAACCAGCUCUAACUCGUACACUGGACGAUUUUGGGGACACUCUUCCAACAUUACUGCAGCUGAUGUAAAAUGCCUGAUCUUUCAUGGAACUAUGUCAGAUUUGAAACAAAAUCUGUACCCUGACAUUUACAGCUCCGUGAUGUUCGACCACAUGGAAAUACCACUCCAUGAUUCUUACGGCAGCAAGGAAUACUGGGAUGCUAGACGCAGUAUGAGAUACAGUCAUACUCUUUAUGAAAUAGCUAACGAGUACAGACAAACAUACCUCGACUCCAAUGACUUGGCAGACCAUACAGAACAGCCCCCAGAUUGGAGGAAGGAGAGAGAACGACAGGCUUUGGGCGGCCCAUACCUAUGCGUACAUCUAAGACGCCGUGACUUUGUGACUGCCAGAAGAAAUACUGUACCUACCAUAAAGGGUGCGGCAUCACAACUGAACGAGAAGAUGAAAGCGCUUAAUCUGAGUGUGAUUUUUGUAGCCACUGACGCAGAAGAUUAUGAAUACAACGAGCUCAAGUCCUACCUGGACAAAUAUACUGUUUUAAAGUAUUCACCAUCAAGGAAUGUAAGGACUUUGUACAAAGAUGGAGGCAUUGCUAUCAUUGAUCAAAUUAUUUGCUCUAAAGCCAGAUACUUCAUAGGGACACACGAGUCGACAUUCACAUUUCGGAUACAAGAGGACAGGGAAAUUAUGGGGUUCCCAUCUGAGACAACCUUCAAUCGUCUCUGUGGGAAAAAGGGCAAAUGCAAUUCAGGGGGUUCAUGGAAAAUCGUGUGGAGAUGAAAAAUGAGUUGAGUAGCAAUGCAAGAGAUCUAAUUGCUUAAAGACCUCUAUCAAAUACUGUUCUGAAUUUUACUUUUUUGUUUGAUAAUAAAGAAACCAAUGUAUACCUAA